GUGCGGCUCUUUCCCUGCCCCUCUUACGUAAGCUGCGGGUCUGAGGGGAGAACAUGCAACUCGAUCGGGUCCCGCAGACAUGAAGUCUGCCGAAGUUGAAAACAUUGAAGAAUUAAAUAGUUUGUCUAUUGAUUCCAGUCGGAUUGAAGUGUACUUGACAAAGCUUAAACAAAAAGCAAAGGCAGAAGCAAGCAUUGGACACUUGGAUUUGUCUAAAGCGUUUUUGAUACAGUUUCUGAGGGCGAGAGACUUUGAUGUUGAACUGGCGCUCAAGCUGUUGAUUAACUACCACAAAUGGAGACAAGAAUGUCCUGAAAUUACUGCUGAUCUGCGGCCAUCAUCCGUCAUAGGUCUUCUCCAAAACAAUUACCAUGGAGUUCUGAAAUCACGAGAUGACGCUGGAAGCCGAGUUUUAAUCUACAGGAUUGGUCAGUGGAACACCAAAGAAUUUACAGCUUAUGAUGUUUUUCGUGUGAGCCUCAUAACAUCAGAGUUAAUUGUUCAAGAAUGUGAGACUCAAAAAAAUGGACUUAAAGCUAUAUUCGAUCUCCAAGGGUGGUGCUUUGCUCACGCUCUGCAGACCAAUCCUUCUUUGGCAAAAAAGAUAUCGUCUGUGCUUACAGACUCCUUUCCUUUGAAAGUUCGUGGCAUUCAUUUGAUAAAUGAGCCCAUUUUUUUCCGUCCGGUCUUUGCCAUGAUUCGCCCAUUCCUGCCAGACAAAAUCAAACAACGGAUUCAUAUGCAUGGUAGUUCAUAUACCCGGAGUCUCUGUGGUUGUUUUCCGAAAGCUAUCCUCCCUCCUGAGUAUGGUGGCACAGGACCCUGCAUAGAUGAAGUGUGUCAAGAAUGGACUGAGUACAUUGUGGAGUCUGAAGACUAUCUACAAAAGGUCUCAGACUUUGGUGGAGGAGAUACUUCACAAUGUUCUGCCCACAAAUGAUUUCAACAAAGGCACUUAUUGUUUUUGUAAAACAGUUCACUUAGUAUUGGUGAAAUUUAUCACCCUAUUUCUAGGAUUGAAUGGGGCAGCUUUUAAAAGUGUUUUAUAUUCCAGACUGGAAAGGCCACUUUCACAGUCAAAAGUGACAUUCCCGCAGUUACUUAUUUUAACGGAAUCAUACGUUUGCAUAAUUUUAUUGAACUGUAUAUCUUACAGAUAUUGCAAGUAUUUAAUAUACCUCUGAAGGUAAAAAUCAAGAGAUGUCUAUUUGCACAAGCUGCUUUCAUCUGAAGAUAAAUCAUUCUGAAGGAAAUGGUGAAUGACACAACCUGUAAUGUAAUCUGAAAUAUUAAAGUGCCUUUGCUACCUUCUCUUCAGAAUUACCAGUUUAGAUUUCCAUAACAAUGGACAUAACUCAGGAAGAAAAUCUUUGUGCUUCUGGAAGUUUUAUACAAAGCGUAAGUUCAGCAACACAAUUUUCUUGUAGCAGUUUAAAUCGGUCAUUCUGACUGAAAAAAGUGAAUGAAUCAGAUGUAAAUAAAUGUUUUAAAACUAGCUACAUUUUAUAUAAACAACUUAAUACAUGCACUUAUUAGGCAACACCAUGAAGUGAGCGAGUGAAGCUACACUUUGGCCUAAUGCCUUUUGUUCACUCUUGAGCAAAUAUGGUCAGGGACUGGUGACCUUAUACUUGAUAUCAUUGUGUUUACAGAUUUACUUGAAUUUCUGAAACACUAGAUCUAUUUUUACUGCCUGUGUAUUUAUACGUGUUUGAGAAAUUGACUGUUUUACAUUUCUGUACAUUGUCGUAAUAAAGAAUAGCUACGCAGACACAAUGUGUGGCUCAAAUAAACAACCAGAAAAUUGCAA